GUUGCGGUGCCCGCGGCGCGCGGGCGUCGGCUGGCCGGCAUGGUGGACUACUACGAGGUGCUGGGCGUGCCCCGCCAGGCCUCGGCGGAGGCCAUCAAGAAGGCGUACCGCAGGCUGGCGCUCAAGUGGCACCCCGACAAGAACCCCGAGAACAAGGAGGAGGCGGAGAGGAGAUUCAAGCAGGUGGCCCGGGCCUACGAGGUGCUGUCGGACGCGGGGAGGAGAGACGUCUACGACCGCUGCGGCGAGGCGGGGGCGGAGGGCGGCGGCGGCCGGGCCCGCGGCGCGCCGGACGGGGACCCCUUCGAGUUCGUCUUCAGCUUCCGGGACCCGGCCGAGGUCUUCAGGGAGUUCUUUGGCGGCCGGGACCCGUUUUCCUUUGACUUCUUCGGACACCCGCUUGACAGCAUUUGGGGGGGUCACAGGAGCUCCCGGGGCUGCAGAAACAGAGGGUCCGCGUCCCUUUUCUCCGCCUUCAGUGAAUUUCCAGCGUUCGGGGGCGGUUUUUCUUCUUUCGAUACAGGAUUCACGUCCUUUGGCUCCCUGGGGAGCGGGGGCCUGUCCUCCUUCUCCAUGGCGUGCGGUGGUGCUGGUGGUGGCGGCCUGGGCAGCUUCAAAUCCAUGUCGACCUCCACCGAAAUCAUUAAUGGCAGAAAAGUCACCACCAAGAGAAUCGUUGAGAAUGGUCAGGAAAGGGUGGAAGUGGAAGAAGACGGAGAAUUGAAGUCCCUGAUAAUUAAUGGCCAAGAGCAGUUGCUGCGCAUUGACACCAAGUAAUUUCAGUCCCUGUUUAACUUACAGUAUCUUGCGAGGAACAGCAGGACUUUUUUUUUGUUGUUUUUUGUUUUUUUUUGGGGGGGGGAAUGUUGCAGGUGAACUCUACUUUCAGAACAACUGUACCCAAGAAUGUAUAAACAGAUCAUGCCAGUGCCUGUUUCUUGUUAUUUUCGGGGCCGCUCCAAUUGGACGCCUGUCCGUUUGUUUUCCAACCUGUUGUAAAUAUCUGAUGCACUUUGCUAUCUAUUAAACAUAAUCCUGA